AUGGCGGAAUCCGAGAACACUGGAAACGUAAUAGACAUUGAGAUAGUUGCCAAUGAAAAUGCUGAUGACGUGGACAUCCAUGAGACAUCGUCUACUGCAAGAGGGAACUGGUCAAGCCAGCUGGACUAUGUAGUAUCCGUGUUGGGCUGCAUUGUCGGGUAUGGCAACCUGUGGCGGUUCCCCUAUCUCUGUAACAGGAAUGGUGGUGGUAUCGGUAUUGGUCAGUUCCUUGCCUGCACAAUUGGGACCAUCUACUACCAGACUAUCAUAGCCUGGUCAAUCUACUACCUGGUUAUGUCAUGUGCUUCUGUACUUCCCUGGUCAACAUGUGGCAGUGAAUGGAACACAGAGUUAUGUCUAGAGGAAACCCUUGGCAAUAUCACAUUCAACGACAUUGCUCUGAACAGAUCUUACAGUCAGCCCUUCAAAACAAACAGCAUCUUAAACGCAACAGGAGGGACACAGUUUACAUUUGUUCAUACGGAUGCGGAGGAAUUCUGGCAACACAAGGCUUUAGUGGUGUCUGAAGGGGUUCACCAAAUUGGCCAAGUCCAGUGGCAUCUAGCUCUGUCCCUGUUUGUAUCUUUGAUUCUCGUAUUUGCAUCACUGAUCAAAGGUGUGAAAAGUGUGGGAAAGGUGGCCUAUGUGACUGUGUUCCUCCCCUGCCUGCUGCUGAUCGUCCUGCUGAUCAGAACUCUGCUGCUUCCUGGAGCUGUGGACGGUGUUGUCUUCUAUCUGAAACCAGAUCUCAACAGACUCCUGGAUCUGCAGGUGGGCCAGUCCAUUAGUUGUUGUUGGUGUGGUUAG